AUCAUUCACACAGGUGCAAUACUUCGAAAUCAUAACAGAUAUGUGACAGCCACCUGCUAGCAUCCGAUGCGUGAGCCAAAAGUGAAGCCAACACGUUUGUCCUCUGGGAAUAACUCACGCAACUGUCAAACACCUGCAUCUUCAUCUGCCUUCCCCUCCACUAGAUGGCGCUGUGGCAGGAAGACACUCCCAGAAUGCUGGAGGAUGAGCUGACAUGUCCCGUGUGUUUGGACCUGUUCCGUGACCCUCACCAACUGCCUUGCGGCCACAACUUCUGCAUGCCAUGCCUGCAGCGCCUCCGUGGGGGCAGUGGUGGAAGUAGCCUCAGAGGCUCCAUAGCCUCCUCUUCCUCCUCAACCUCCUCCUCCGGCUCGUUUUUGCGGGGCCGUUUCCGCUGCCCAGAAUGCCGUAAGACCCACCGCAGCUCUGCUUGCGUCCAGCGCAACUUCAAGCUGGCCAACAUCGCUGACGGCUACCGGCGGAGGAAGGAGCAGAGUGGGGGAGCUUCCCAGCAGGGGGCAUCCACAGGGGGCGGCGACAGUGGGGGGAUUUUUGGUGCUGUCGGCAAAAGUGCCAGGGCAGGGCGCACCUGUACCCCCAUGCACUGCGACUUCUGCCCUCAGCCCUCGGACGCCGGCGCCGGUGACCCACAGGAUGUGGGCUCACCAGAUGGCCUGGGCAGCAGCAGCUGCAGCGUGUUCGUAUCUUCCUCCUCCCCACCCUCAUCUUCCUCGGCAGCUGGGCUGGCGGUGAAGAUGUGCCUGAAGUGUGAGGUCUCCAUGUGCAAGGAGCACCUCAAGCCACACAUGGAGCUGCCAGCGUUCCGCGGGCACCCCCUGGUGGAGCCCCAUGCCGACCUACGCGUGCGCCGAUGCCCGCAGCACGAGGAGGCCUUCCGCUACUACUGUGUAGAGGAGCAGGUGUGCCUGUGCAGCUCCUGCAUCAUCGUUGGCGAGCACAGCGGUCACACCAUCAAAACGCUGAAGGACACCAUGAAGGACAUGAAGUUCUCUUUACAAAAGCAACUCCAGAGGGUGAACAGAAAGAUCAGUAAAGUUGAAAAGACGCUGCAGGAUCACAAUGAUCAGGAACGGAAAACCAAGGCAUUCUUGGAUGAUGCAGACCAGCGCGUGGCGGUGCUUGGUGACAUGUUGAACGGACAGGUGGCAGGGCUCCUGUCCGCCCUGCGUGAGUGCACUUGGUCCCACUGCGGCGGCGCCGGCGCCAGUGGUGCCAGUGGCGGUGCCCAGUCAGAACCACUGCAGACCCGUGGGCGGAUUGUCCGCGACCAGGAGUGCCUGCUGGAUGUCCAGCGUAACAUUCGGGGCCUGAUGGACGAGAAUGACCCUUUCACUUUCCUCAAGGAGUAUCACACAACAGGGAAGAGGAUGCGGCGGCUCUUGAGGAGGCCGCAGUACACCCCAGAAUUUGGCGGAGUUGACACAGAAGCGCUCGCCACCAGCAUGGAGAACAAGAUGGAGGACUUUGUGGUGGCCCUUCGGCAGCACGGCAACACCCUCAUCGACGCCGUCUGUGCAAUGCAGGAAGAUGAACAGGAAGAUGUCCACAGUGAUAACGACGACAGUGAAGACGAUGACGAAGAGGUUGAAGAUGAAUCUGAAGAUAACAUCAGUGAUGAGGAAGAGGAGUCCAGCGAGGAGGAGGAAGAGGAAGAUGAGGACCACAGUGGAUCAGCUGAUGAGUUGUACAGCCCAGUGGAAGAGGAGGAGGAAGAGGAGGAAGGUGACGAGGAGGACGAUUCGUCAUCUGAAGAGGAUUAACAUGACUAUAAGCAUCAACCAGUGUUCAUGUCUGUUUUAAACACAGAUCAUGUUGCUACGAUCACAGAUAAGUGAUGGUCAUGUUCUUUGUAUUGAAGGGAAGAAUGGUAUUGAACUAGGCUCCUAAAUUUACUAUGAAAUCAGCUUAAAAUGUUGGUAUACAUGGGUUAAUUGUAUGUACCAGUAGUUGGAUAUCCAUAAAGAAUGUAUUAGUAAAUGUACAUGUUAAAAGCGACUAAUGAAAUUGCUGACUAUUGGCCAUGUUAUUUUAUAUGCAUAACUAUAAUAAUAUAAUUAUAUAUAUCAUUUAAUAAUAAUUUCAUUUAUUUGUCUGUAGACUGAAAGAGGUGAAUAUUGACACUUUUUUGGCAAAGAAUGCAAUAUGAUAUUUUUGAAUAUCUGUGGAACAUUUUUUUUAAUAUAUAUUAAUCUUUGAAUUCAUUUUUUUUUUUUUUUUAGAAAUUAUCUAUUGUUACUCUACCCUUAUAUAUAUUGUAAUAUAAUGGCACUUUUGCUAAAACAUAAUAAUAAAGAAUAUAGCAUUGUU